AAAUGUGUCAACAAGUUUAGAUUUACCGUGGCUCCAUUUUACAGGCAUUUUUCUGGUGAAAUUGGCGGAGGUUAGCCGCUUUUGACAUUUAUAUUUAAAAUAAGUUACUAACUUCUUUAGAAUGGCUAACGCCUUUGACAAGGAAAAUGUUUUCGACGCAAUGACGAACGUUCAUAUUAAGUCGCCCGUAAAGAACGUUUUGGCUACGCAGAAUGGAAACGUUGUUCAGUUCAAUAUGGAUGUGGAAAAAGAAGAUACGGACAAAGUAGCGGUAUUUGAUCCAGAAUUGGAACCACUGUUGCGUGAAAAUCCUCGGCGUUUCGUCAUCUUCCCCAUCCAAUAUCCUGAUAUCUGGCAAAUGUACAAAAAGGCAGAAGCUUCAUUCUGGACAGUGGAGGAAGUUGAUCUAUCCAAGGAUUUAUCAGAUUGGGAAAGUUUAAAGGACUGUGAGAGGCAUUUUAUAAAACAUGUCUUGGCGUUUUUUGCUGCCUCCGAUGGUAUUGUUAAUGAAAAUCUGGUAGAGCGAUUUUCACAAGAAGUUCAAAUUGGUGAAGCAAGGUUCUUUUACGGAUUCCAAAUUGCUAUGGAGAAUGUACACUCUGAGAUGUAUUCAUUGCUGAUAGAUACUUAUAUCAGAGACCCUAAAGAAAGAGAUUUCUUGUUCAAUGCCAUUGAGACUUUACCUUGUGUGAAAAAAAAGGCAGACUGGGCAUUACAAUGGAUCGCCAGCAAGACAGCAAACUUUGGAGAGAGGAUAGUUGCAUUUGCGGCUGUAGAAGGCAUCUUCUUUUCCGGAAGUUUUGCAUCAAUAUUCUGGUUGAAGAAGCGUGGCUUGAUGCCCGGUUUGACCUUCAGCAAUGAACUGAUUUCUAGGGAUGAGGGUCUGCACACGGACUUCGCAUGCCUGAUGUUCAAGCACCUAGUGCAGAAGCCGAGCAAGGAGCGCGUGCUGCAGGUCAUCAAGGAUGCGGUUGCUAUUGAGCAGGAGUUCCUGACUGACGCGCUGCCUGUACGGCUCCUCGGCAUGAACUGUGAACUUAUGUCGCAGUACAUUGAGUUUGUUGCUGACAGACUGCUUGUGGAUCUGAUUGGAGAGAAGUUCUAUAACACAAAGAAUCCAUUUGACUUCAUGAAUCUGAUAUCAUUAGAGGGUAAGACAAACUUCUUUGAGAAGAAAGUGGGAGAGUACCAGAAGUGGGGGGUGAUGGCCAACAGAAUGGAUAAUGUGUUCACAUUAGAUGCAGAGUUUUAAAUUUAUAUUAUUUAAUAAGCUAAAUAAUUAGUUUGACAGUAUUAUGGAUAACAUUCACAAUAUAAAUGUUUAAUUAAAUCCAAAGGCAGUACUAAACAGCACUUAAUUUUUGAGUUUGUAGAAAGUUGCAUUUGACAGUAAAUUGGCCUCUUAACUUAAAUAACAUUUUCCUGUUAAAGAUUAUAAAUUUUCUUUAUAUAAAUGAUUUAUAGAAUGGUUAAGUAAAUGUAAUGGCUUGUUUCUUUAAUAUUUUUUACAGCCCAGUGUUGCGUAGCCUUAUGAAUAAUUAAUAACAAGAUGUAAAAUAUAAGUAAUAUUUUAGCUAUUUCUUUUGACAGUGCUCGAAUGUGCUCGCAUUUUUAUAUAUAUUUUUAAUUUAAAUUAUGAAUAGUUUAUUAUUAAGCUUAGAUUGUUUGAUGAGUGUCAAACAGUGAUUUGAACUGAUCCUAUAAUUUAAUAUAGUUUUGUAAAGCGCGUAUAGAUGUUUAAUGUAAUGAUGAAAUCAUUGAUAAUAUGAUGUAUCAUUGGAAGUUGUGAUAUAAUUUUUUUAAUAAAUGAUUUCUAUGAAAAA